AUGGGCAAUACCCCAUCAACUCCUCUUUUCCCGCCAACACGAAUGUCCCAGAAAGGGAUAGAGUUUCUGAAACACCAGGAAGGAUUCAAGGGCGAGUUUAGCCAGGACGGCAAAAGCGCAGAAAGCGGACAGUCGAUUGGCUUCGGUAUUAACUGCAAUGCAAACCCCAAAGUCUGCGCCCAGAUUAAAGAAGAACUUCAAAAGACAGGCAAGCCCCUCACCAAAGAGCAGGGAGAGGUUUAUCUGAGGCAAAUCCUACCGCAAUACGAGAAAGCUGUCAGGAACCUCGAAAACUCCGACAAGCUGAGCCAGAAUGGGUUCGACGCACUUGUGAGCCUCGCCUACCACAAAGGUGGGAAAGGAAUGAGUAGAACGGUCAAAGACCGCAUGAAGAUACAGGAUAUGGAGGGCGUCUACCAAGCGAUCAAAAAUGACCAGACAUCAAGCAAAGCUGGGGAGACAUAUUCCAAACGGAGACUCGAUGAAGCCGAGUUAUUCAAAUCAAGCGACAAUUAG